AUGACGCGAACUAUUCUGAUUGUCGGUGCUACUGGCCAGCAAGGCAAGGCCACCGUUGACGCCCUAUACAAGACCCUUGGAGCUCUCCUGGCUAUGAAGAUAUCAGCUCUCCAAACAGAGUAUCCAUCAAUUACCCUUGUGCAAGGAGAUACCCAAACGCCACGGUCAAUUUUCGAACAACACCCAAGCAUCUCAUCAGUCUUUAUCGUCACGGUUCCGCCAAAUGAUGAAGCGCAAGCACUCCCUCUCAUUGAAGUAGCAUCUUCACAUGCAUCAGUAGAUCACAUAGUCUUCUCUAGCGUUGAUCGUGGUGGUGACGAGGUCAGCUGGUCGCAACCGACUGAGGUUCCUCACUUCGCCGCCAAGCACCGCAUUGAGCUCCGACUGCGAGAAUCAUGCAAAGAAAGCCAUAAACGAUGGACUAUCCUCAGACCAACAGGUUUUAUGGAUAGUUAUAACCCUGGUUUCUUCGGUCAGAUGAUGGCGUCCCUUUGGGCAGAAGGGAUGCCCAAGGAUCGAAAGAUGCAGUUGAUUAGUACGCAUGACAUUGGCGUGUUUGCAGCAAAAGUACUUUUGAACCCAGAUGCUUGGUCGGGAAAGGCAUUAGCGUUGGCGGGUGAUGAGCUGAGCUUUUCUGAGCUACAAGAGGUCUUCCGAGGAGUCGUUGGAGAAGAGCUACCCCAGACAUAUAAGGUUAUAGCAUACCCCGUCCUAUGGAUGGUGAAAGAUGCAUCGAAGAGUUUUGAGUGGUUUAGAAAUGCGGGUUGGAAGGCGGAUAUACAGAAUUUGAGGACACAAGAACCUGGUCUCCAGGACUUUGCGUCUUGGCUUAGAGAAUCGAGCAAAUGGACAUGA